GUCUUUGUGGUUCUUGGUAUUUUUGUAAUCUUCCUUAUUUUGUAAUUUCAAUGUUUCCUCAUCGAAAGUUAACUCCCUAAACCCUCAAGCUAUCGAUAUAUUUUACCCAUAUGAUAAUUCAACGUUGAGGGUCUUUGCGUUGCGAUUCUACUAGAUAAAUACUAUGAACAUGGAUUUGUUAUAUGAUUUUGAUAAAGCUGAUACUCUCAGUAUAGAUACAUUGGCUCUAGAAAAUAUAGUACUCGAAGAAAGAGAUCAAGAAAUAGCAGAAUUAAAAUCACUCAGUAAAAAAGUAUGCCAUUUACACACAAGUUUAUUGUACUAUCGAAACAACAAAUCCAAAAUGGGUUCUGUUUGUUAUGAAGCUUGGAAAACCUUAAUAAAAAAAGUAGGAGGAACAGUUGAUGGAUGGCGGGACCUGGGACAACAUUUGCAAAUUUCAAAAUCAGAUCUAGAUUAUAUAAAUAAUUCUGUGAGAGAUGAUGCAGUUGAUGUUGUUCUUAAAGUGUUCAUGCAAAGUGAAAAGGCAACCCUGGAUAAUAUCAUAGAUGCAUUAGUAGUAUUGAAAAGAUAUGACAUUCUUAAAUCUAUUGAAGGACCAUUUCUAGAUUUAGCUCAAUGCUUUAAUAAAGAUGAUAGUGGUUAUCACAGUAACAGCAAGAGUAAUGGUCACAAAGAAGUUAUUAGUCUAACAAAAAAUUUGCCUAAUGACUUACCACCAGCUUUAAAUAAAAAUUUUGUUAUUAAAGACAAAGAUCCUAAUAAACCAAAUCAACCUAAGUCUAGACCACAAGUUAAGAAGACUGACAAAGAAAAUAAAAAUGAUUCACCAAUUUUAUUCUUAACAUUCACUGAAGACGGUCAUCAGACAGCACAGAAUAUUCAAUAUUAUGUAGAGAGUUGGACAGAUAUGGCUCCAGUUACAGUAAUAACAUUGACUGAUAAAAAGGAUGAAGUGUAUCAAAAUCCUGAAAAGUUCAUUAGGGAAUAUUUUGAAAAGGCUGAUUAUGUUGUACCUGUCAUCACUUCGGGUUAUCUCAAUGAAAUUAGGUCUUCCAACACAAGUGAUCCACAUGUAACUGAUAAUUUAGAUUACAAAUAUGUCAAUUUUAUUUAUUCUCUUAUAGUGAAUCAUUAUAUUCAUGCUACUGGUUGUCUUAAUAAAAAAGUCAGAACUGUUUUACCACAACAAGUAGAUGUAGAUGUGUUCCGAUAUAUUAGUAUGUAUCCUGAUUUGAUGCCUAUGACCCAUGAAUCAAAAUUCAAUGAACAAUUUAAAGAAUUUUUGAGGAUUAGAAUCUAGCCAGGUUCUAUAGCUAGCCAUGUAAUAUAAGUAUUUUAUAGCUAUUUAGUGAAACUGAGAUUAGGUAAUUUACAUACUGCAGCCAUUACAAAUGUAAAUGUAUUAAUAUUUUACUUUAAUAUUUUAACAAUGUAUUAGAUAAGAAUGUCUCUUGCCUUAUAAAUUAAAAACUGACUUAUGGUGGGUAAAAAUCAAGAUUAUGACUAGAUAAAAUACAAUUUCCACUUAGGCGUAUGUACUGGUCCAGAUAAUAUACCACUAUACUAGUUAUGUACCUGAUCUAUUUUAACAGUGAUAGACAAUAAAGUAACAUUGUAAUUGCCUUU